CACACGGCGGCGAAUUCGACAGAUAUUAAAGUCACGCUGUUCAACAAGUUCAAAUUUUUUUAAUCUAAAAUAUUUCUUCAGAUAUUUGGAUCGACGUUUAUGUUUUGCUUUAUUAACGAAUAUAAAAUUUGAUGCUUAUAAAAAGUUUAAUAAUUUGUUUUAUUAAAGAGACGCCGGUAGAACUUUCAAAUGCAACUGUAGUGUUAAUUUUAUCUGGUAGAUGACACUAGUCAUAAAAACGUAAGCGCGUGUGUAAUCGUGCGACUGUGUGAGUAUGCAUGUAUAAUCUUGUUAAUAAUAAAAUCCUUUACGAUUUCGCCAGAAAUGAUUGGCUUCUUUACAAUCGAAUUAAGUCUAACAAGAUAAAAAAAAAAGGCCGUAUCGCUAACGGACGACCAGUAGGCCAUCGUGAGCGUGAGUGCGUUUUUCGCGAACUGAAGUCGGUUGUCGCGAGUGGAUUAUUCGCGUCGACCCAACCGUCGUUGCUGUCUUCGUUAGUACUGGUGUUAUCGUUUAACAAAUUUUUCAUAGCUUUGUUAUUGUUCUUUCGCUAGUGUCAUAUCUGUGCAAUCGACUUCUCUCUAUUGUCAACACUGCCGCCGAAAAUCAUAAUUUCCGGGACGCGUUCGUACAAGUUGAAACAAAUAGUCGAGAAUAUGUGUCAUUGUAUUAACAAUUAUUUAUUAAUAUUAUAAAUAAUUUAUAAUUUAUAAUUGUGCAAUUUGUCGGCGGGCACUAGCGGCGAGAAGCGUACGCGUGUGUGAGUAGUGCUACUAAACGGCGCGUUGCGGUGCAGAUUAAAAUUUCCGGUCGAGCGUUUCUCAUAUCAGCUGCUGCACACGGGCCGCCGGAUCGCAUUUUUUUCACUACCUCCCACUACACCACCGUGUCUUUGGUGCCUCUCCCACUAUUCUCUCAGUCUAGCGCGCGCACACACUGUCGCCGCCGCCGUCACCACACCCAGCCGCGCGCCGGCGAGACGACCGCCCCAGCCGAGUGCGCGAUAUCGCCGUACUAACUCACACAGCAUACACUCACUAGUACAUCAUUCAGUAUAUAAUAUUAUAUUAAAUCGUUAUUAUUAUUGAAUGUGCAGAUAAAAAUACAAGAACAUAUUCUUUACAUGAACGCUGGUGUCGUUUGUAGUUAGUAAGUAAUCGAAAAGCAACGCCAAACUGCUGUACGCCAGCAAAAUUCCAGUUUUUGUCGAUCGUGUGCGUGCGGUUUUUUCUCGUCGGCAACGUGAAUUCGUUUUAGAUUGUGUUAGUUCGCGCACUCGCGUGUGUUAAGUGCUUUUUUUAGUGUUCUGCAAACGCUUCUAUCGUAUUCGGGGUACGCGAAAAUUCGAGUGAUAGGUACAAGUGUCACGAGUAGUGCAUCGACAAGUCGAGGAUACCUAAGUAAAUUCUCUAGCUAGAAGAGUAGCAAAAGAUAAUUGAGUACAUGGACGAUGGAGUUCCAUCGAUUAUCACAGCCAUCCUAGUAAGGUGACUGACUACCACUUUUGUGGUGGUUUUACGCAGAGUCUGAGUAACGGCAGUCACUGUGCAUAACUUUCGGUGAGGCCCGGCGCUGCGGUCACUGUGGAGUGGCACGAGGCAUCUACUGCUGCUGGCCGCAUUAGUGGUGGUGGUAGUAGGAAGAACAACGUGUGGACAGCGCAGCAGGUAAUAACGGGUACGCUGCGGCAGCCUUCUGUCCUCCGUGGUCGUGGUGGACCAGGCCGCAAGGUGUUGUUACUAUUGCUGAAAUGGCGUGUUGCCUGUCCGAGGAGGCCAAAGAACAGAAGCGGAUUAACCAGGAGAUUGAAAGACAGCUACGGCGUGACAAGAGAGAUGCCCGGCGAGAACUCAAGCUUCUAUUGCUCGGAACUGGUGAAUCAGGGAAAUCUACAUUCAUCAAACAAAUGCGGAUUAUCCACGGCUCUGGUUACUCCGACGAAGACAAACGAGGGUUCAUCAAACUAGUAUACCAAAAUAUUUUCAUGGCCAUGCAAAGUAUGAUCAGGGCCAUGGAUAUGCUCAAAAUACAUUAUUCUGAUCCAACUUGUUCUGAACGUGCGGAGCUCAUAAAAAGUGUAGAUUUUGAAACAGUAACGACUUUUGAAAGUCCAUAUGUUGAAGCGAUUAAAGCACUCUGGGCAGACUCGGGUAUUCAAGAGUGCUACGACCGAAGACGUGAAUAUCAGCUCACCGAUUCUGCUAAAUAUUAUUUAAUGGAAAUAGACAGAGUGGCCAGUCCAAAUUAUCUGCCCACUGAACAAGAUAUACUUAGAGUAAGGGUUCCCACCACCGGUAUAAUUGAAUACCCAUUUGAUCUUGAAGAAAUUCGGUUUAGUUACCUAAGCGAUUUAGCGAGAAUUGAAGCGUCUGAUUAUUUACCUACUGAACAAGAUAUUCUUCGUGCUAGGGCUCCAACUACAGGCAUUAUUGAAUACCCUUUUGAUCUUGAUGGUAUUGUUUUCAGAAUGGUUGAUGUUGGAGGACAGAGGUCAGAAAGAAGAAAAUGGAUCCAUUGUUUUGAAAAUGUGACAUCCAUUAUCUUUCUUGUAGCACUUAGUGAAUAUGAUCAGAUUCUUUUUGAAUCCGAAAACGAAAAUCGGAUGGAAGAAUCAAAAGCAUUAUUCAAAACUAUCAUAACAUAUCCUUGGUUCCAGCAUUCAUCUGUAAUAUUGUUUUUGAACAAAAAGGACCUUCUUGAAGAGAAAAUUAUGUAUUCUCAUCUAGUUGAUUAUUUUCCUGACUUUGAGGGUCCUCAAAGGGACGCAAUUAGUGCAAGAGAAUUUAUUCUAAGGAUGUUUGUGGAUUUAAAUCCUGAUAGUGAGAAAAUAAUUUAUUCACAUUUUACAUGUGCCACAGAUACUGAAAAUAUUAGGUUUGUCUUUGCUGCAGUUAAAGACACUAUACUACAAUCCAAUCUCAAAGAAUACAACCUAGUGUAAUGAUGCAACACAACGUUAAGGCCCCAUGUGUUAAUAUUUUUUACUAUUUUAAUGUUAAAAUAAUACAAUUAGUAUAAAUCCUAACGUCAAAAGAUACAUUUUAAAAUACACCCAGCAAAAAAUAAAAAAAUGAAAACUAAUAUUACAUUUUUGUACAAUAGUUUUAACCAAAUAUGUUUUCUCUCAAAAUUUUAUUUCUGUGAGUGUCAGUUUGUUAAUGUUGGUAUCGUGUGAGAGUCAGCAAAAACCCAUCAAGAUUUUGAAAUCAUAAAAUUUAAAGGGUAACUUGAAUUUUUUAAAAACAAAUUUUUUACUAAUGUAAAAAUUUAUUUAAAAAAAUUAUGAUGAAUACUUUUUAUAAGAGCGCAUUUUUAUUAUUAUUUUUAUUAAAGUUAUAAUUUUUUUUAUUAUUAUUUAAAGAAAAUUAUAUAAUUAAUCUCCUAUAUGUUCAUCGCAUUUAACCCUCAUGUUAUUAUAAUUAUACAUACUAUAUAAUAUUUAAAUAAUAAAAUUAAUUUUACAAUGUGAAAUAUGUACAUAAAUUUAAUGAAAAUAAGAAAUUAUUAAUAUCAGAAUAUAAAUUUUAUAAGUGUAAAUGAAGCAAAACUGUUGAAGGGCACUCUAAAAUCCAAAAAGUAAUUAUUUUUCUGUUUGAAAAAUGUUAAGUUAUUAUUUUAUUUUAAUAUCAUUGUUAAAAUAAAAUAAGGUGAAGGUUUGAUUUGUGCAAUUUUAAUUAUUAAAAAAAUAAUAAUUUAAAAAAAAACCCUUAAAAAUUUUGUUGAAAAGGGUAGUUCUAGUCACAGUCUUAUGAAAUUUAUAAAAAUUAUAAGUUACCUGUGUACAUUAUUUUAAAAACAAAUUGAUUUUGAUGUUUAUAAAUAAAUUAUUUAUGGGCAUAGCCUUUAAGAAUAUGCUCACCUCAAUUUUGGUUCUGUAUUCAAUUAAUAUAUUUUUAAGUCGUUGUUUGAUUAUUAUUUCUUUUUAUUAGUUAUUAAUUAAUAAUAUAAAAAUAUAUUUAUAACAAUAUGUUGAGAGAUGCCUUGUAUUAACAAACAUAAAACAAUUAACAAAAAUUAAAUGGAGUUUACAUACAAUACAUUUAUAUUAAUAUAAUUUAUUUAAUGCUAACAAUAUCAAAAAAAUUCAUACAUCCAAACUUCAAUGUUUUAUUAUCAAAUUAAACAAGGAUCUCGAUAACUGUUACAUUGAUAUAUUUGUAUAUACAUUAAAGUGAUCACGCCACCAAUCAUCUAACCAACUAAUGUAUUUAUAUUGAAUAAAUUUUAUUUCUCUGUG